CCUGCCCCUGUGGGGGUGAGUGCAUGCGCACCCCCGGGAGAGAGUGCACCCCGGGGCCCGUGCGUCUCCGGGCCUGCGAGUGUGCUGUCCGUGGAAGAGGAACAGGGCAGGGCCGAGGCUGGCAGGGAGGCCUGGCAGCCGCCUGACUUCCCCAAUCCCGGGGGCGAGGCGGGAGCCUGGGCGUGCUCUGGCCUCCUUCCCGCACCUGGGGGCCGGGCAGCGGGCCGGCGGGAGGGCCUGGAGCUGGCCCAGGAAGCGGCUAAUGAUCAACCGGCUGUCUUCGCUGGGCCUGCCUCUCGCCACCGGCCCCGGGCGCAGGGAGGAAGUGGGGCAGGAAGCAGGGGGCGGUGGCCGCUGCGGAGCCGUCCGUCUGGCUGAGGGCGGCCCUGCCUGCCCCGGCUGGCAGAGACGGCCUUUCGGGGCUAGCUGGGGAGGAGCCGGGAGCAGCGACCUGGCGUCUGCUGUCCUGGGAGCCGCCUCUGAGGAGCGGGCACAGAAGGCAGCCCGGCAUGCCGCGCCCUGGGCACUGAGGACGUGGUCCGUCACGGAGGGCCCAGCGGACGUGGCCGCGGAGGAGCUGGCCCCGACGGGGAGGAUGACUGCAGCGGGGUCCUGGGGCGGUGGCGGUGGCCACGAGGUCCGGAGAGAGGCUGCGGGCUCGUCGGCCAGCUGGGAACAGGCGGGACCCGAGGAGGCCCCGGCCGGGGGCGGAGACGAUGCCGCCCCUCCCCCCUGUGUCUCUCCUGCACGGUCUGCCUCCCGGACCCCUCCCGGCCAGAUGGGCUCGUACCCCACAGACCUGACCUUGCAGCUGCUGGCCGUGCGGAGGAAGAGCGGGCUGCCGGACCCCGGCCUGCAGCAGGCCCUGCGGGCCCGGCUCCGCCUGCUGGAGAACGACAGCUGGGAGGUGGCCCGCACGCUGGGGGAGCUCUCCGCCCGGCUGCUGUCCAUCCACAGCGACCAGGACCGCAUCGUGGUGACCUUUAAGACCUUCGAAGAAAUCUGGAAGUUCUCCACCUACCACGCUCUCGGCUUCACUCACCACUGCCUGGAGAACCUGCUGGUGGACCAGGCCUUCUGGCUGCUGUCGCCUGCUGAGGACGAGGAGACGGCCAUCCGGGUCCACGUGGACGAGGAGGCCUUGAAGCUGACGCACGAGAGCCUCCUCGUCCAGGAAGGGCCUUUCUUCGUCCGGUGUCCUGACCUCUACGUGAGAGCCACAGCUGUGCCCCAGGGUGCAGGGAGGGGCCCCCAGCCCCUCCGGCAGGCUUCGGGGGCUCCCCCGGGAGAGGCAGCCCCGGCAGCCGGCUCUUCGGUCCCCAGCACACCCACCGAGGUGGCGGCCGCGUCUGCAGGGGAACCUUUGAUUCCGUUUCAUCAGUGGGCUCUCCGGGUCCCCUGGGACCCCUUCGAGGACUCCGUGGGCGGACCCCUGACACCGGACAGCCAGCAGAUGGCCGUGGGCCUGGCCUCCGCGGUGGCCGACUGCCAGGGCUCGGGGCCCGAGGAGAUGACCUUCCGCAGCGGCGACCUCAUCGAGAUCCUGGGCGCCCAGCUGCCCGGCCUGCCCUGGCUCCUGGGCCGGCACGUGUCCUCGGGCCAGGUCGGGUUUGUGCGGACGCGUCUCGUCAGUGUGCAGGGCCACGUGUCUGAGCUGGACAGCGCGGUCUUCCUCAGCGAGGAGGAACGGGCCUUCUUCGGCGAGGCGGGCCGCUUCUCGGAGGAGGACGCCCGGCGGCUGCUGAGCAGGCUGUCCGGCGCGGACGACAGCUGCGCGUACAGCCUGGACACGCUAGGGGAGGCCGAGGCCGAGGCCGAGCAGCCAGAACAACAAGACGUGCCUCUGUCUGGCCUGCACCCGGACCCACGUGAGACCCUGCAGAAGGUGAAGAAUGUUCUAGAACGACGAAAGUCCUGCCCCAGCUGCCCCGAGGAGCCCGUGUCUUGGGGUCUCCCCACAGCGUCCAGUGGCGUGAGCUCACUGGACGCCGAGGAGCCCUCCUUCUGCCUGGCCGCUGCGGACGACUGGGCCGACCCGGAGGCCCUGGGCCCGCUGCUGUGGUUUCUGGACGCUCCCGGGUACCGGGCCUGCUUCCGGGGCCUGUACGACCUCUCCCUGCCGGCGCUGAGCACCAUGUUCUGCGGCUUCGGCGACGAGGAGGAGCUGGCCGGGCGCCUGGCGCAGGCCCGGGGGGCGGCCAAGAGGGCGGACUUCCCCGUGGCCCUGGCCAGACUCUGCUUCCUGCUGGGGCGGCUCUGCAUGCGGAGGCUCAAGCUGUCCCAGGCCCGCGUGUACUUCGAGGAAGCCCUGGGGGCCCUGGGGGGCCGCUUCGGCGACCUCUUCCUGGUGGUGGCCCUGUAUGCCAACCUGGCCACCGUCCACCUGAAGCAGAAGAACAGGGAGAAGUGCGGGCAGGUGGUGCCCAGAGCCGCCGCCCUGCUCAUGGGCACGGCGGGACGCGUCUGCAGCACCGGGGCGGAGGCGGAGCUCCUGGGGCACGCCCUGCGCGGGGCCAUCGGCGGCCGGAGCCCGCAGGCCGAGGCCCGGGCCUGCUUCCUGCUGGCCAAGCACCACGUGCACCUCAAGCAGCCCGAGGCGGCCCUGCCCUUCCUGGAGAGGCUGCUGCUCCUGCACGGGACGCUGGGGGCCCCCGAGGCCCGGUGGCCGGCCGACUGCUACCUGCUGCUGGCAGACAUCUAUAGCCGCAAGUGCCUGCCCCACCUGGCCCUGAGCUGCGUCCGGGCGGCCUCGCUGCGGACGCCGGGCUCGCUGGCCGGCGCGCUCAGGAGCGUGGACCUGGUCCUGCGGAACAGCCCCCGGCUGCCCCGCCUCCCCGCCCAGACCGCUCACUACCUCAGGCGGGCGCUGGCCGCCCCGGCCUCGUGUGGGGGGCCGGCACGCCGAGGCGCCCUCUGUGCCAGCCUGGCCCAGCUGCACAGCCACCACGGGCAGCACGGCAGGGCCAUCUCCGCCAUGCUGCAGGCCGUGGAGGCCGACGCCGAGGAGGGGGGCGGCGGCCCGCUCGUGGACCGCCUGGUGGCCCUCGCCCGGCUGCACGUGCUCCACGGGCAGAGCCCAGUGGCCCUGCACAUCCUGGAGUCCGUCCUGGACGCGGCGGUGGCCAGCCCGGACCAGGAGGGCGCGAUCGCCAACAUGGCGGCCAUCGCCCUGAAGAGGAUGGGCAGGACCCGGCAGGCGGCCGAGAGCUACCACCGCGCCCUGCGGGUCGCCAAGGGCCGGGGCCAGCUGCGGAACCAGGCGGUGGUCCUGGCCAACUUCGGGGCCCUGUGCCUGCGGGCCGGGGCCGGCGGGCUGGCCCAGCACUACCUCCGGGAGGCCGUGCGGCUCUUCUCGCAGCUGCCCGGCCGGGAGUGUGGCCGGGACUUCACCCAGGUGCUCCUGCAGCUGGGGCAGCUGCACACCCGCCGGGCCCUCACCCAGCAGGGCAAGUGCUACUACGAGUGGGCCUUUCUGGUCGCCGCGGAGACGGACCACGUGGAGAGCCAGCUGCGGGCCGUCCAGCGGCUGUGUCACUUCUACAGCGCGGUCAGGCCCAGGGCGGCCCAGAGCCUCGUCUACCACGAGCUGCAGCUCGCGCUGGCCUGCAGGCUGGCCGACAAGGCGCUGGAGGGGAAGCUCCUGGAGACCAUCAGCCAGCUCUACCUGUCCCUGGGCACCGAGCGGGCCUACAGGUCGGCGCUGGACUACACCAAGCGCAGCCUGGGGAUCUUCAUUGACCUCCAGCAGAAGGAGAAGGAGGCGCACGCCUGGCUGCAGGCCGGGAAAAUCUACUCCCUCCUGCAGCAGAACGAGCUGGUGGACCUGUACAUCCAGGUGGCGCAGGAUGCGGCCCUGUCCACGGGGGACCCCAGCCUGGGGCUGGAGCUGUUCGAGGCGGCCGGAGACAUCUUCUUCAACGGGGCCUGGGAGCGGGAGAAAGCCGUGUCCUUCUACAGGGACCGGGCGCUGCCCCUGGCGGUGACCACAGAGAACCAGGAGGCGGAGCUUCGGCUGUGCAACAAGCUGGUGGCGCUGCUGGCGGAACUGGGGACGCCGCAGGAGGGCCUGGAGUUCGCCCACGUGGCCCUGGCUCUCAGCAUCUCCCUGGGGGACCGUCUGAACGAGCGCGUGGCCUACCACCGGCUGGCCGCCCUGCACCAGCGGCUGGGCCACGGCGAGCUGGCCGAGCACUUCUACCUCAAGGCGCUCUCGCUCUGCCGCUCGCCGCUGGAGUUCGAGGAGGAGACGCUGUACUAUGUCCGCGUGUACCUGGCGCUCGGCGACCUCACCUUCCAGGAGCUGAAGGACCCGUUCGACGCGGCCGGGUACUACCAGCUGGCGCUGGCAGCGGCGGUGGACCUGGGCCACAGGAAGGCCCAGAUGAAGAUCUACUCGCGCCUGGCCACCAUCUACCACCACUUCCUGCUGGACCGCGAGAAGUCCCUCUUCUUCUACCAGAGGGCCCGGGCCUUCGCCUCCGAGCUCAACGUGCGCAGGGUCCCCCUGGCCCCCCAGCGGUGCUGGGGGCGGGCACCCUGGCUGGCCCCCGGCCACCCGCCCUGAGGGCCCGGCCUCUGCCAGUGGGGGUCCCGGUGGCUCAUUUUCUGGGAAGCGAGGGGAGGGGCCGAGCAGCAAUACACGUUCCUGCAGUCAGCUCCUCCGGUCUGCGGGCCCCCGGGGAGCAGCCGGGGCCAGGCCCUGUCCGGGGGCCCACGCUGCUGCUGCUGCUGCUGCUGCACCCCGCCCUGCGGGGCAAGCGGGGAGGCCGUGAGUCCAGCGCACCCCGGCCAGGCCCCCUGCCGGCCACUCGCAGUGUGGCCUCGGGCAAGUCACGCCCCUCCUCCCUUCCCGGGGCGCUCGCUGUGCUCCCCCUUUAACCUGCGGGCCUCCCUGGGAGGUCAGGGCGGUUGUGGGCCCCUUUUACAGCGGAG